UCGAAUUGUAUCCUGUUAAAAAUAUAACAAAAACGAUGUGAAAAUGUUAUUGUUACAAUUGGUAAAAUGAGUGGAGGGCUAGCUCCAAGCAAAAGUACCGUAUAUGUUGGCAAUCUUCCUUUCUCUUUGACAAAUAAUGACAUCCAUAAGAUCUUUGAAAAAUAUGGAAGAGUCGCUAAGGUUACAGUCCUAAAAGAUGAUGCCAGAAGAAGUAAAGGAGUUGCCUUCAUUAUGUUUAUUGAAAAGGAGUCAGCCAUAAAAGCUGUUCGAGCCCUCAACAAAACUGAGAUGUUUGGUAGAACCAUAAAGUGCAAUAUUGCUAAAGACAAUGGUCGCACUACUGAGUUUAUAAAGAGGAAGAACUAUCCUGAUAAAUCCAAAUGUUAUGAGUGUGGUGAUGAGGGACACCUAAGUUAUAAAUGUCCAAAAAAUUUGCUGGGAGAAAGAGAGCCACCACCAAAGAAGGAAAGAAAGAGGAAGAAAAAUGGUCAAGAUGGAUACAGUGAUGAAGAGGAGGAAGAGGAUGAGAGUGACAGAGAGACAGAAGACCCAGCCAUAGACAGUCUGUCUGCAGCCAUCAAAUACCAACAGGAACAGAUAGACCUGGAGUCCAUGAAAUAUGCUGCCGCCUCUUCCUCCUCAUUCAGUGAAGAACAAGAACCAAAACGCAAGAAGUAUAAGAAGGAUGCAUACUUCAGUGACGAAGAGGAGUUCGAAGAUGGAUGACUAGAAAUUCUAACAUCCACCUCAGACUGAAAGAUGUCUCAUUGUUAUAAUUGCUUGAAACCCUUAACAAGGUUGACACACCAAGUUUAAAAAAAAGAUAUUCUCUUGUGUUUAGAGAGUAUUUUGAAAGAUAUAUGGCAGAAGCAAAUUAUUAUAAUUAUGGUAUCCAUUGCAGUUAAAAAUUUUUCUGUUUGUGCAAGUCUUCGGUGUUCAGGCAGAUUUUUAUCCUUCCAUAUUGAAACAGUAAAUCAAACCUAUAUAGGGAUAACACCUGCACUGCACUGUUUUCCUCCUAACAUUUGAACUUUUGAAAAGCCAGAUUAGGGUCAGGGCUUUAUUUUGCAAAGCAUUUUUAUUUCAUUCUUUUCUUUGAGGAACCAGAAAAUGGCUAAAUACUAGUAUUUCACACUUUGGAGGCUCAACAUAUUGGUCUUAAAAUAUAGAUUACAAAAACUAAUCAAAAGCAUUUGAACAAUUCGUAAGAUAAAUGGUGAACUUUACUGUUAUUUUGAAAAAUCUCACAAAUGGUAGUGAAUUAUUCUUGUUCAUUAUUAUAAAUGUGCAAAUGAAUUUAUUACAAUAAUAAACAUUAAUGUAUGCAACAAUAAAAUGUGGAAUAAAUCUUUA